AUGACUGAGCAGUACCAUGACGGGACGCAGCAGCCGCGCUCGCAUCAGAUAGUGAAAGCCGCCACCGCUGCAACUGCGGGUGGUUCUCUCCUAGUCCUCUCUGGCUUGACUCUGGCUGGAACUGUGAUUGCUCUCACUCUAGCCACUCCUUUGCUCGUAAUUUUCAGUCCGGUGCUGGUGCCGGCGGCCAUAACGAUUUUCUUGUUGAGCUCGGGUUUCCUUGCUUCUGGUGGAUUUGGAGUGGCUGCUGUUAGUGUUCUGUCGUGGAUUUAUCGAUACGUCACCGGGAAACACCCUCCUGGUGCGGAUCAGCUUGAUCAGGCGCGGACGAAGCUGGCUACUAAGGCUCGGGAGAUGAAGGACAAGGCGGAGCAAUUCGGACAGCAGCAUACCACCGGUUCUCAAGCUUACUAA